GACAGUCAUGCGACGGCAUCUCCCUAUGAUCGACUUCUCCGGUGUCAGCAUGGCUUGCGCGGGAACGCCGGCCUGGGACGCCGUUCAGGAGCAGGUGAUGCCGGCUCUCGAAUUCCACGGCUGCUUCGAGGCCGUGUACAACCGGGUCGCCUCCGAGCUCCGCCUUUCCCUCCUGGGGAUCGCCAAGGAUCUCUUGUCCCUCCCUCUUCAGACCAAGCUCAGGAAUACCUCCGAUGCGCCCUACGGCGGCUACCUCGGCCAGUUUCCAGGCCUCGCGUACGAGAGCCUCGCCAUCAGGGACGCUACCCUUCCCCACGCCAUCCCCAACUUCGCCAGCCUCAUGUGGCCCAGCGGAUCAAACCCCAAUUUCUGCGAGAAGGCGCGCUCGUUCACCGAGCAAGUGGCGGAGUUGGAGGAGAUGGUGAGGAGGAUGGUGUUGGAGAGCCUGGGCGUGGCGAAGUACGCGGAGGAGCAGAUGCAGUCGACGUACUACCUGCUGCGGUUCACGGAGUACGGGGCGGCCGGCGAGUGGGAGGAGGAGAAGAGGAAGCUAGCUCACAUGGCGCACCGGGACACGAACAUGCUGUCGAUCGUGUGCCAGUUGAACGAGGUGGACGGGCUGCAGGUGGAGGCCAUGGACGGGGAGUGGCACCUGGCCGCGCCCAGAUCGGUCGCUUCCUUCUUCGUCAUCGCAGGAGAGGCUUUCCACGCAUGGAGUAACGGGAGGGUGUACGCCUCCAUGCACGGCGUCGCCAUGGACGGCACAGUAGCGAGAUACUCCGCCAUCCUGUUUUCGAGGCCUAUGAGCGAGCAAACGAUCCAAGCCCCAGCGGAGCUCGUGGACGGUGACCGUCCCUCUCUCUUCCGACCUUUCGAGUACGGCGACUUCUUGCACUUCUGCGCCUCUGCGGAGGGCAGAAAGCUAAAGAAGUGCAGACUGAGCGCUUAUCGCAGGGAGGAGGACAUCACCAAAGAAGAUGAAGCAUGACGAAGGGUGCAUAAACUUGCUUGCGAUUUGGCUGCUGAAAGUAUUAGUAUUAUACCAUACGUGUUGGUUUCCAGGUCUGCCUUAGAUGUAAAUUGGGGGAGUCCUGUUGCUGUAGGGAGGAGAAAUAUGUUUUCUGGAUCUCAGAAAGCCUGUUAGUGGGCAGUAAUUUAAUGUGUUUCAAAA